AAGCGUGUCUACUACUGUAGCGGGAGCUAGUAGCUAGCAACCGAUCGAGGAGCUAGGCGCAAGCUAAACUCCAACCUCGAGCAGUCGAGCUACUACCAGCAGGCAGCAGCAGCUGCUGUGCCGCUGCCGCCAUGGAGAACCUCUACACGAGCUUCUUCAAAAGCCACCAGCACCACCACCGCUACUACUACCACCCCGCCGCGCCGCCGGCGCCCGCGGUGACGCCCCCCGCCUACUCUUCGUCCCUGCCCUUCUUCGCCGCGCAUCUGCAGCCACCAACCCACACGCCGGCCGCCCCGCCCUCGCCCCCGCUCCGGGAAGCCCUGCCGCUCCUCUCGCUCGCCCCGGCCGCAUCAUCGCGUGGUAUCACGCGCGAACCGGGGCGGCGCGGCCGGGCAGCGGCGGAUUCUGACGAGGACGGGGACGAGGAGGAAGAGGAGGAGGAGGGCGGCCCCGCCGCGAGCAGUAACAACCGCCACCACGGACAGCAGCAGCGCGUGGGAGGGCUCUUCGCCGACCUGAACGCCAAGGCGGCGGGCGACCCGAUGGACGUGGAGUCCGGCGCUGGUUCCAGCUCCGCGGCGGGCGACGUGACCGUGGCGCUGCGCAUCGGCCUGCCGACGACCAGCGCCGGGUCGGCCGACCUCAUCGGCGCCCGCAGGCGUCAUCAGGACGGCGGCGCCGAGGAGGAGGACGACGACGAAGGGAGGAACAACGGGGAGAACGGCGGCGGAGGGGAGGAGGAGGAAGAGGAAGGGGAGGCCGUGGCGGCCCCGCUAGGGUUCCCGUCGGCGCCGAUCGGGCGCCUGAACAAGGGGCAGUACUGGAUCCCGACGCCGUCGCAGAUCCUGAUCGGCCCGACGCAGUUCUCCUGCCCCGUCUGCUUCAAGACCUUCAACCGAUACAACAACAUGCAGAUGCACAUGUGGGGCCACGGGUCGCAGUACCGCAAGGGCCCGGAGUCGCUGCGCGGCAUCCAGCCGACGGCGAUGCUGCGGCUGCCGUGCUACUGCUGCGCGCCGGGGUGCCGCAACAACAUCGACCACCUGCGCGCCAAGCCGCUCAAGGACUUCCGCACGCUGCAGACCCACUACAAGCGCAAGCACGGGCUCAAGCCCUUCCUCUGCCGCCGCUGCGGCAAGGCCUUCGCCGUCAAGGGCGACUGGCGCACGCACGAGAAGAACUGCGGCAGGCUCUGGUACUGCCUCUGCGGCUCCGAGUUCAAGCACAAGCGCUCGCUCAAGGACCACGCCCGCGCCUUCGGGCACGGCCACGGCUUCGUCGGCGGCGCCGGCGCCAGCGCCGGGUGCGGAGACGACGACGACGACGGCGCGGUCUCCGAUGUCGACCACGACGGCGGUGGCGGCGCGGCGGCCAGGUCGAUGUGACCAUCACCGAUCUGUCGAUCGGUGAGCUCCGAUCCUAGCCGUCCGGCGGCAGAUCGAUCUUAUACAUACAAAGACACUGUAUGAUCGAUGAGCCCACCGGUGCGUGUACUUGCAAAAAAAGACAAUGUGCUGUGUGCUAUAAGAGAUGAUCGAGCUGUUCUUUUAUUUCGUUGCCGCUGCCGCGCUGCUGCCAUGUCCUCUUUAUCACCUUAUA